CUCUCUCGCUCUCUCUCCGGAUUGCAAGGGCAGACACUGAUGUCUAUUUUGGGAAUUUGUAGAGGCCAUUUUCUGCUUGUUUCUUUGUGUUUUACACGUUUUUUCCAUUCCGAUUUUUCGUUUUGGUUUUUGCACUCCGUACGCAAAGUGAGUAUCUGGGGGAGUGAAAAAAAAAACCCCAAAACGAAAUAAGCGUGACCGUGUAGAUUUUCUGGUCUCAAUGGAGGACAUUUUCCAACUCGCAUCCCAGCACAUCUCGCUCUUUCUGUUUCGAGCAUUUGUAUUCCCUUGAGCACAACGCGAAAUUAUUGUUUGAGAGAUGAAAUGAAGGGGAAACAGUAGCCCGCGGGGAAUAGAAAUUGGUCCUGUUUUGAGCGGGGGCUUUUCACGGACCGGAUCACGACGGCGACUUGCGUGAAAACCGAGGAGAAGGUCUGGGAUUUCGGCACGGCGGUCACAAGGCUCCAUGGACGCUGCAAGAGGAGUCCAUUAGGCAUCAGAUUGGCCAAGGUGAGACACUUUGGCUCGUUUCCAAACAAAGGGGUUUCUCCUCAGUGCUCCACACCACCGGUGCUCCGUCACUCCACUGCCCCUCGCCAGGCACCAUGGGCACCGUGCUCUCGCUCUCCCCCAGCUACCGCAAGGCAGCCCUGUUCGAGGACGGCCCGGCUACGGUGGGUCACUACACGGCAGUCCAGAACAGCAAGAACGCCAAGGAUGCCGCGGCAGCCGCUGCCAAAUCCCUCAAGCGCCCCUCCAUCAUCAGCGUGCUGCCAUGGAAACGAAUCGUGGCCGUCUCAGCGAAGAGGAAGGGUUCCAAGAAGCUGCAAUCCGACGGCGGCGACGGCGGGAAAGGAUGCUCGCCGGACGUGGAUGAUGUCAUCACCUCUAAUUCGGCUUCGAACAGCUUGAAGCUGAAGAAGUCUCAGUCCUGUGCAAAUCUUUCCUCUUACUCUUCCGGCCAGGAUCCCUCAGCGGCUGCCUUGACUACCUCCUCCCACCUCCCCACCUCCAAGACCCUCAUUAACGUAGCUACGGUCGCUGCCAAAAAAAAUUCCCUAACUGGCUCCGGGAUCCAGCCCUCGACUGCAGUCGGUACGCCAAAGCGUGUCAUUGUUCAGGCCUCCACCAGUGAGCUGAUGCGCAGCCUGGGCGAAUUCCUGUGCCGGCGUUGUUACCGUUUAAAGCGUCUCUCGCCGACCGAUCCUGUGCUGUGGCUGCGCAGCGUCGAUCGCUCCCUCCUCCUUCAGGGUUGGCAGGAUCAGGGCUUCAUCACUCCGGCCAACGUGGUCUUCCUCUACAUGUUGUGCCGCGACGUGGUCUCGGCCGAGGUGGGCUCCGAGCGCGAGCUGCAGGCCUCGCUGCUCACAUGCCUCUACCUGUCCUACUCCUACAUGGGCAACGAGAUCUCCUACCCGUUGAAGCCCUUCUUGGUCGAGGCCGAGAAGGAGGCCUUCUGGGACCGCUGCCUGGAGAUCAUCAACCGCAUGAGCGGCAAGAUGCUCCAGAUCAACACCGACCCCCAUUUCUUCACCCAGGUGUUUGCUGACCUGAAGAAUGAGAGCAAGAAAGAAGAGGAGAAGACCAAACUCUUUAUAGGUCUCGACCGAUAAAAG